AUGUUCAGCGACGGCGCCGCCGGGCUGCUCCUCCUGGUCCUGGCCGCCUUCGUCGCGGCGGCCGCCGCCGUGUCCGAGGGCGACGUGCUGCUGGCCUUCCGGGAGACCCUCCGCGGGCCCGUGGGCGACCGCCCUCCGGCGCCGCUCGACCAGUGGGUUUCCUCCACCGGCACCGGCCCGUGCCAGGAGCCGGUGUGGUACGCGGUGCAGUGCCACCCGGACACAAACCAGGUGCUCGGACUCCGCCUCGAGUACCUCAGCCUGCAGGGCGCCGCCCCCGACAUGGCCCCGCUUGCGGCCCUCCUGGGCCUCCGCGUGCUCAGCUUCGCCAACAACAACCUCACGGGCGCGUUCCCGGCUGGGCUCUCCGCGCUCCCUGCCCUCAAGACGCUCUACCUUUCCCGGAAUCGCCUCGCCGGCGACAUCCCCGACGGCGCCUUCGCGGCCAUGCGGGGGCUCAAGAAGCUCUUCCUCGGAGACAACGCCUUCACGGGGCCCAUCCCGGGCUCCAUCACCUCGCCCAAGCUGCUGGUGGUGCAGCUGGCCAGGAACAGCUUCCAGGGGCCAAUCCCGAACUUCGACCAGAAGGGCCUCCUACUCUUCGACGUCUCCGACAACCAACUCUCCGGCCCCAUCCCCGAAGUGCUCAGCCGGUUCAACGCCGCCUCGUUCCAAGUUCAAGUUAUUAUCAGUCCCGGAGCCUGA